GCAGAAGGAUGAACUGAUGUCUAUUCUAUCUGGCAUUGGAAUCACUGAUCGAGAGCUGGCAUUGCUGCUUCAAACUGCAGACAUGUUUCAAGAUCAAAACGUCCAAAGCGUUCAAUACUCGCAAUUCCUUCACUGGGUUUUCGCACCGUCCAAAACCGACCGUGAGAGUGGUCAUGGAGCCGGCAUCUCAUCGGAGCUCGGUGUCUUGCCGCCAGGUGGCUGCGAGGAAGCGGAGGUUGACAAAGCUCGGCAAGAGCAGGAGGCGAAGGAAGACAUGCUGUGGGAAAAACUGUGGGAUCGAUGAAGAAGUGGUGAAAUCAACCGCGAAUCGUUUCACCAUGUUUCACCGUUGUCCUGUCCAUCUGGCUGGACGAGUUGGUCUCACUGUUUACGACCGGGCAAAUGCCACCAAGUCGUUGAAAAUCCAAAUGGGUCCCAUGGAUUUCACUGAGACUUGAGACUUGAAGCGUCCAAUGGACAGCGGCAGAGGUCUCAACGAGGUUUUUCCCUUGUAUUCCAAGUGAUGUUUGUCCACCUUUUCUUUCACACAAACGCAUACUUUUGUCCAGUUUCUUUGCGUGUGCGUUUUCCACGUUUUCCACUGUACCUAUCCUUUUUUCCUUUCUUGCCGUGGCUGUCAACAGCACCAGUUGCGGUCCGGUACAUUCCUUGUUUGAUCAGUUGAACCAGUUAGACCGGGAUAUGUAUGUAUGUGUAUAUAU